AUGCGCUUCGUUGCUGUCGCAGAGUAACUGUCUUUACUCUGUGAGUGAGUGCGUCUUUGAUGUUACAAAGUUUUUAUUAAAAUAAAGACUUUUCUACCCGUACAUGGCGAAUUCUUCAGGUGAAAAAGGCGAAAUGAUCGAACAGCCUUUGCUAGAUGCUUCUGAAACUCAAAAGGGUGGCUUCAGAACCUUGCCUUUCAUACUUGGAAAUGUGGCUUUGAUGAAUGCGGCGACUAAUGCUCUAACGCCUAAUCUGAUUCUGUAUUUGAUGAAUGAAUAUCACAUGGAUAUGACUACUGGGUCCAAUAUUCUCUACAUCUGGUCAGCAACUACCAACAUUGCUCCAGUUCUUGCGGCCUUUCUGGCAGAUUCUUUUGUGGGUCGGUUCAAGAUGAUAGGACUGGGGUCUGUUGUUACCCUUGUGGGGAUGUUUCUGUUUUGGCUGACAUCAGUGAUUCCGCAAGCAAGACCUCCACCCUGUAUCGGUUCCAACAACAUUUGCAGAUCAGCAGAGAUGUUCCAACUCUUCUUCCUGUGUUCCUCUUUGGGCCUCGUUGCCAUUGGAGCAGGUGCAAUCAAAUCUUCAUCUUUAGCAUUUGGUUCAGAUCAGUUGAAACGGGAAGUAUAUCAAGAAAAUGCGCGUGCAAUAGAGAGCUACUUCAGCUGGUACUAUGCCGUGUAUGCUUUGUCUGUCCUGGUUGCUCUCACGUGUCUUGUUUAUAUCCAAGUUAACAUGGGGUGGGCUUUAGGUUUUGGAGCUCCUGUUUUGCUGAUGUUGUUUUCAACUCUUUUAAUUUUUUUGGGUACUCCAUUCUACGUGAAGCUGAAGCCUAAAUCAAGCUUAAUCACUGGGUUAAUUCAAGUGAUUGUAGCCUCUUACAGAAAUAGAUGUCUCAGAUUGUCGUCACAGUGUGAAGAUAUACUAUACCAUCAGAAGAAAGGAUCAGUGACAGUUCUUCCUAGUGAAAAACUAAGGUUUCUGAAUAAAGCUUGCAUUGUCCAAGAUCCUCAACUGGAUUUGAGCCCAGAUGGAGAAGCAACAGAUCCUUGGCGUCUUUGCACUGUAGAUCAAGUAGAGGAGCUGAAAGCACUGCUCAAUGUUGUUCCAAUCUGGUUGACGGGAGCUAUCAUGAACAUAAAUAUAAGCCAGCCCUCUUUUCCAGUACUUCAAGCGACUACCAUGGAUCGGCAUAUAGGUUCAAGCUUUGAAAUCCCAGCUGCCUCCUUUGGCAUCUUUGCUGUCAUCGCUGCUAUUAUUUGGAUUGUCCUCUAUGAUUGUUUGGUUCUUCCCAUAGCAUCAAAAAUGACUGGAAAACCUGCUCAUUUCAGCACGAAAGAGAGAAUGGGGUUUGGGAUGUUUCUUUCCUUCCUGUCAGUCUUAGUGAUGGCAGUUGUGGAAGGUGUCCGGAGAAGUAUUGCAAUCAAGGAGGGGUACUCGGAUGAUCCACAAAGCGUGAUACCUAUGUCAGCAAUGUGGCUACUUCCCCAAAAUUGCCUUGCUGGCUUUGCAGAGGCCCUAAAUGCCAUCGGCCAAAACGAAUUUUAUAUUUCAGAAUUUCCUAGAAGCAUGUCAAGUGUAGCUUCUGCUCUAUUAGGAGUUGGUAUGGGAGUGGCAAGCUUACUAGCGAGCUUUAUAAUGAGUACUAUCAACGAAUUGACGGGAGGAGGAGGGCAGGAGAGUUGGGUAUCAAGCAAUAUAAACAAGGGUCAUUUCGACUACUAUUAUUUGGUUCUGGCAGGAUUAAGCGUGGUUAACCUACUGUGUUAUAUUGCUUGUAGUAGAGCUUAUGGUCCAUGUAAAGGAGAGAACAGGGAGAUGAUUGAAGAAGACUAGCCAUGAAUGGGAAUAAGAACUUCUUAGAUGUCUUAGCUUGAAAGGCGACACAGUUGCCAAUCCACGUACUAUUACUAGUCUAUAUCAUGUCAAUAUUAUACACGAACUAAAUGCGAAAAGGGGAGGGAUUAGAGCGGGAAUAAGAACCCGUAGCAUGGGGAUAAGAACCUGAGAUCAAUUAUGUUUUUAGGCAAUGAUGAGUUAUCAGUGUGCAUGCCUUUAUUUUGAGCAUGGCUGAUGCUAAUGUAUGUAUCAGAAGAUAGUUUUAGCUUGGAUUAUUAAAUGAUUUGAAGCUUUAUAUACUUAUCUUGUUGUACA